AUGUGCGUCAAAAGAUUGUACCGUUUAACAUUUUCUAGUUUCUUAAUUUUUGUGGUCGCGAGCGAAAAUCCACUAACGACUACCAGAAAUUACGAGCAAAUAGCAAAAACAGCGGAAUGCGUUUUGAAACUCUCAGCAAAAUAUUUCGUUGAAAAGAAAGCUUUAAGCGGAAGCAUUGUUAUAAUUAACAUUAACUCUUUUGCGUCAACGACACAAGAACUACUUUUGAAAACAAUACACGGAGGAAUCAAGUAUUCGGUGAUGGUAAAGGAUUCAUUUUAUCCUCACGCGAACGCAUCGCAUUUCCCCGAGAAAGCUAAGAAUUAUAUGCUAAUAUUGGAAGAAAAGUCCGAGUUGACUAGAAACAUAUUACAACUGAACAAAUUACCCACUUGGAAUCCAUUAGCGAAGGCUAUAGUUUACUAUCAGCUAGGAGAUUGCGAGUCUGCGGAAAGAACCGCCGUCCAAUUUAUAAACGAGCUCCGACAAUACGAACUUUUUAAAAGCAUUAUCUUCAUAUAUUCUCCGGUCGAUGGCGAAGUUGUUUCAUAUUCUUGGCGGCCAUAUAGCGAUACGAACUGUGGAGGAGGUUGCGAUUCAGUUUAUGUCCUCGAUAGAUGUAAAGAUAAAAUGAUUGAAGAAAUAGAGAAACAAAGUGAAAUGUUUCCUCCUGAUAUGAAAGGUUGUCCUUUGGUGGUACAUGCCGUUGUUUCAGAACCGUACGUGUUACCACCAGUCAGAGAAAUCGAAGAUCGCAAGUAUAAUAAAACGUAUGUUUUCGAUAAAGGUGGAGAGAUUAAUUUGGUAAAGAUUAUAUGUCAGUUUACAAAUAUGACACUCGUGACUACAAUGUCUGACGUUCCAGAAAAUUGGGGAACUAUUUAUCCAAAUGGGUCCGCUUCGGGAGCGUUGGAAGUGCUGCAUAAUGGCAUGGCAGAUUUGGUGAUAGGAGAUAUUGAAGUUACCAGAACUAUUCGCAAAUGGUUCAACCCUACCGUGAGCUACACUCAAGAUGAAAUGACAUGGUGUGUGCCUAAAGCUGGCCAGGCGUCGACUUGGAACAACUUAGUCAUAAUAUUCCAAUGGUCGACGUGGGUGGCAACUUUUGCUAGCUUAAUAAUUAUGGGUGUAGUAUUCCAUUACCUGUAUUAUAGAGAAAACGAACGUAGAGUAACGAAAUGGCCAACCAAUUCGCUGCUAAUGACAUUCAGUAUGCUCCUAGGCUGGGGAUCAUCGUUCGAACCCAAAAGCGCUACGUUCCGAAUCCUAAUCUUUGGUUGGCUGUGCUUCAGUGUAAACAUGGGGAUUUCAUACGAAUCGUUCCUGAGAAGUUUCCUAAUGCACCCGCGAUUUGAAAGGCAGAUAAGCAGCGAAUCGGAUCUUAUACAGUCUAAAAUUCCUCUGGGAGGCCGAGAGAUUUACCGAUCCUAUUUUGAGACUAAUAACGCGAGUUCGUUUUAUUUUUACCGCAAAUAUAACUCAACAACGUUCGCCGAGGGGAUUCGCCGAGCAGCUUUGGAUAGGAAUUUCGCGGUGGUGGCGUCUCGGCGACAGGCCGAGUUCCAGGACCAAAAAUUGGGGAAAGGUUCGCAUUUAAUUUUCUGUUUUCCUGAAAGCAACAAUCUUUAUAAAUACGGGGUCGUGUUGCUGGCGAGAAAAUGGUUUCCGAUGUUAGGCCGGUUCAAUAAUAUAAUACGGAGCGUAUCGGAAAAUGGUUUGAUAGACAAGUGGAAUCAAGAGCUGUUCAUUCGGAGAGGGAGUGUUGAAGGGGCGAGCAAUAUAGUACCACUCGGCAUCCAACAUUUAUUGGGCGCUUUCAUGUUUAUAGGUUUCAUGUAUGCGGCCAGUAUCGGCGUGUUUUUCGCUGAAACGGCUCUCGGUUUUAUUAAAAAAAAAACGGCGAUGAGAUUCGAGAGCCGCGUUGUUUCGUUGAGGGUUAGAUAA